AUGGAUGGGAUCCAAACUGAGGAAAAAAGACGUAUAUCAUGCAUUAUUGCUGUUACUUGCUGGAUUAUUUGGAAAACAAGGAAUCGUUUUGUUUUUUAUCAAUGCAAACCACAACCUCUUUUGGCCAUCAAAACCAUUCUUUCUCAAGUGAAGGAGCUAGUUGCAUUGAAUAACAUAAGGAGUGUGAGGAGGUUUUGUGAAGGACCCUCUACAAAUCCUACCUCUUGGACCUCACCAAAUGCCCAUGUUAUUAAAGUUAACUUUGAUGCUGCUUGGUUGGCAUCCUCUGGCAAAGCUGGAGCUGGUCUUAUUGCACGAAAUGCCAAUGGUGAGUUCGUGGGAGCAAAAUGCCUAUCUUUUCACCCGGAAUUUGCGAUCAUGGCUGAGGCAACUGCUGGUUUGGAAGGUUGCAAAUGGGCAGCUGAGUUGGGCUUAUCUGAGGUUUUCUUUGAAUCUGACUCCAAAGAACUGAUUGAGAGUGUGAGAGGAAACAUAAAGCGUGGAAGAUGA